AUGUUUUUGCCUAUGAAAUAAGAAAUGUUAUCCAACUUUAUGAAAGGAACAAUCUUUGCCUUUCUGACUGGGCUUGGCACUGUGGGGAACAUCUUUGUUUCUGUGAAUUACGUGCUCAUAUUUGCAGGCACUGAGAAGAAAUCUAUACACCUUCUUCUCAUCCAUCUGGCUGCCACAAAUAUCAUAACUCUUCUUUCUAUGGGAAUGCCAAGUACAAUAGCAGCUUUUGGUGUGAGAAACUUCCUAGACGACAUAGGCUGUAAGAUUGUUGCUUACCUGGAGAGGGUGGCCCGGGGCCUCUCCCUCUGCACCAGCAGUCUCCUCACUGUGGUCCAGGCCGUCACCGUCAGUCCCCGACACUCUAAGUGGAGGAAGCUCAAGCCCAGGUCUGCAUGGUACAUCCUUCCCUUGUGUCUUUUCUUUUGGAUUCUCAAUUCCUCAGUAGGUAUGAACUUACUCCUUUAUAUCACAAGUACAAGCAUGAACACAUCAAAAGGGAGUGUGAAUGGCAACACUUGUCGUUUUCGACCAGGAAAUCAGAAAAUAAAAUGGACAUUUCUCAUUAUCAUGCUGAUACGAGAUGUCAUGUUUCUGGGUGUCAUGGGUGGGGCCAGUGGCUACUUGUUGUUUCUUCUCCAUAGGCACCACCAGCGUGUUCUCUUCCUACAGACCUCCAAGUCCCUCUACAACGCUCCCCCUGAGAUCAAAGCUGCUCAAAGUGUUCUCCUUUUAAUGCUUUGUUUUGUUUUCUUUUAUUGGACAGAUUGUGUUUUUUCUCUACUUAUUAAUACUUUCAUGGAGAGUAAUUCCAUAUUAUUAAAUAUUCGGAACUUUAUAACCCUUGGUUAUGCAAUUGUCAGCCCAUUUGUGCUGAUUCACAGAGAUAGACAUCUGACUGAAUGCUGGAGAGCUCCAUAGGAGACAGCAGUCAUUGAGACGGUGUCUAUUUCUUGAUCCUUUCCUUAGGUAAGUUCAAAUAACUAUCAGUUUUGUUGUGGACUAUGUAAUAAAAAAAUAGUGGGAGUAGAUGAUAAA